AUGGGUAAACGUGGUCGUAAACCGAUCAAAAGUGAUUUGAACACACGCUUGGAGAAAAGUCGUGAAAGUGCUCGGCAAUGUCGUCACCGAAAGAAACUUCGUUAUGAAUAUUUAGAAGAGCUUGUCGGCGACCGAGAAAAGGCCAUUGUACAAUUACAGUGUGAAUUAGAACGUCUUCGUUCAAUUUGUCAACAACUCGAUCAGUUCAGCUUGAUGAACGAAAUCCAGCAGGAGUUAAUCCAAUGGAAAGACGAUCCAGAUGUUCUAAACCUCAGCCAAUAA